GUCACGCGCAGAGUCGGAGCAUGAACGACAUCUCGGACACGCCGAGCACCGACCAGCUGAAGAACAAGUUCAUCAAGAAGAUCCCCAAGGACGCGGAGGCCUCCAAUGUGCUGGUGGGAGAAGUGGAGUUCCUGGAGAAGCCCUUCGUGGCUUUCGUGCGGCUCCUCCAGGCGACAAUGCUGGGAGGGAUGACGGAGGUGCCCGUCCCCACCAGGUUCCUCUUUAUUCUCCUUGGUCCUACGGGAAAAGCCAAAUCCUACAACGAGAUCGGCAGAGCCAUAGCAACCCUCAUGGUGGAUGAUCUCUUCAGCGACGUUGCCUACAGAGCCAGGGAUAGAGAAGACCUGAUCGCUGGCAUAGAUGAGUUUCUGGAUGAAGUCAUCGUCCUGCCACCCGGCGAGUGGGACCCCAACAUUAGGAUCGAGCCACCCAAAAAAGUGCCCUCGGCUGAGAAGAGGAAAUCGGUUUUCUCGCUGAAUGAAGUGGGGCAGAUGAACGGCAUGGCCGGUGGGGCAGGUGCCGGGGGUGGUGGAGGAGGCAGCGACGAUGGGGAGAUGCCCGAAGUUCAUGAAAUCGGGGAAGAGCUCACGUGGACUGGCAGGUUUUGCGGUGGCCUCUAUUUGGAUAUCAAGAGGAAGCUGCCCUGGUUCCCGAGCGACUUCUAUGAAGGCUUUCAUAUCCAGUCCAUCUCUGCCAUCUUGUUCAUCUACCUGGGCUGCAUCACCAACGCCAUCACGUUCGGGGGCUUGCUUGGAGAUGCUACGGACAACUACCAGGGCGUCAUGGAGAGCUUCCUCGGCACAGCGAUGGCAGGCUCCAUGUUUUGCCUCUUCGCCGGGCAGCCGCUCAUCAUCCUCAGCAGCACCGGCCCCAUCCUCAUCUUCGAGAAGCUGCUCUUUGACUUCAGCAAAGGCAACGGCAUCGACUACAUGGAGUUUCGCCUCUGGAUCGGCUUGCACUCUGCCGUACAGUGCCUUAUCCUGGUGGCCACUGACGCCAGCUUCAUUAUAAAGUACAUCACCCGCUUCACGGAGGAAGGCUUCUCCACCCUCAUCAGCUUCAUCUUCAUCUAUGACGCCAUCAAGAAGAUGAUCGGAGCCUUCAAGUACUAUCCCAUCAAUUCGGACUUCAAGCCGGACUACGUGACCAUGUACAAGUGCGAAUGCGUUGCUCCCGACCCAGCCAACGCGACCUUCUUUGAUGCUUCAGCUCCAGUGGCACCAAACACCACUAAUGUUUCUCUGUACAAUGCUAUUAACCUAACAGCUCUGGACUGGACUCAGCUGAGUAAGAAGGAAUGUCUCAAAUACGGCGGCAGCUUAGUGGGGAAAUCCUGUAAAUUCGUGCCCGACCUGGCCCUUAUGUCCUUCAUCCUCUUCUUUGGGACUUACUCCAUGACCCUGACGCUGAAAAAAUUCAAAUUCAGCCGCUAUUUCCCCACCAAGGUCAGGGCUUUCAUUGCUGAUUUUUCCAAUGUCUUCUCCAUCCUCCUCUUCUGCGGAGUGGAUGCCUGUUUCGGACUGGACACCCCUAAACUCCAUAUCCCCAGUAUCAUCAAGCCCACCCGGGUGGAUCGAGGCUGGUUCGUGUUCCCCUUUGGGAAGAACCCGUGG